GAUGCCAAACCUCUCAUAUGCUUUAAUGCACCUGUGCUGCGUUCACUGGCUGAAACGAUUCUGAAAACACGCCGCUCGGUCUGAAUCGGAGUGAAUGACACCGACUCAAACGUGCGGAUAACUGAAAUUCAUCCAGACCACCCGAGAAGGAUAAAAUAAGCUACUUUUUUCUGUCUUCAAAGCCGGACCAUGUGCUACGUCUGAAGGAAAGAGAACGGACUUUUUUGGGGAAAUAUUCUGCACCAAGUUGUGAUUAAUAUCUCGGGGCGCGAUGAACGUUACAGUAACACCAUGAAGCUGCUGCAGUUCUUCAUAUUGUGCGGAUUUCUUCACACUCACAUCCAUGGAUCCCGUCUCCGCCAGGAGGACUUUCCCCCCCGAAUCGUGGAGCACCCCUCAGACCUGAUCGUGUCCAAGGGCGAGCCUGCCACGCUGAACUGCAAAGCCGAGGGCCGGCCGGCACCCACCGUCGAGUGGUACAAAGACGGAGAACCCGUGGAGACGAACAGGGACAACCCUCGUUCUCACCGCAUGCUUCUGCCCAGCGGCUCGCUGUUCUUCCUGCACAUCGUACACGGCCGGCGCAGCAAACCCGACGACGGCAGAUACGUCUGCGUGGCCAGGAACUACCUGGGAGAGGCUGUCAGCCAUAAUGCAUCGCUGGAAGUGGCAUUUUUACGGGAUGAUUUCAGGCAGAACCCUCAGGAUGCGGUGAUCUCUGUAGGAGAAUCAGCCACGUUGGAGUGCCAGGCUCCGCGGGGUCACCCAGAGCCUACCAUCUUCUGGAGGAAGGAUAAAGCACGACUCGACCUUAAGGACGACCGCAUCACUAUCCGUGCUGGGAAACUGACCAUCUCGAACACUCAAAAGAGCGACGGAGGGAUGUAUGCAUGCGUGGCAACCAACAUCGUAGGGGAGAGUGAGAGCGAGAUGGCUCAGCUCUCUGUGUUUGAGCGACCCACGUUUGUACGCAGGCCUGUAAACCAGGUGGCGCUGGUGGACGAAAGCGUGGAGUUUCGUUGCCAGGUGCAGGGAGAUCCCCCACCUACACAGCGAUGGAAGAAGGACGAUGCUGAUAUUCCUCGUGGCAGGUACGAAAUGAAGUAUGAAAAAGAUGACUACAUUCUGAGAAUUAAGAAAGUUUAUUCCGGGGACCAGGGAAGCUUCACGUGUGUGGCGGAAAAUCGAGUGGGGAAGGCGGAGGCGUCUGCUACGCUCACUGUUAGAGAGGCCCCCCAGUUUGUUGUGCGACCCCGGGACCAGAUUGUGAUGCAGGGACGCACCGCCGUCUUCCCGUGUGAGGCCAAAGGAAACCCGCAACCCACCGUGUUCUGGCAGAAAGAGGGCAGUAAGGACCUGCUUUUCCCAAACCAGCCUCCUCAGGCAGGAAGUCGCUUUUCUGUAGCUCAAAAUGGAAAUCUAAGCAUUACUUCGGUUCAGCGCUCAGAUGCAGGCUACUACAUCUGCCAGGCUCUUACAGUGGCUGGCAGCAUCCUGGCCAAGGCCCAGCUUGAGGUGUCCGACGCUCUCAAGGACCGCCCACCGCCCAUCAUUCAGCACGGGCCGACGAAUCAGACGGUGGCCGUGGGCAGCAUGGCUGUUCUUGGGUGUCGGGCAUCUGGAGAGCCCGAUCCCACUGUUACUUGGCUGAAGGAUGGAGUCGGUCUGCUGGCAAAAGACCCGCGGAUGUCCCUGCUGGAGGCUGGCAGUCUGCAGAUCCAGAACGUCAAGCUUUCAGACUUGGGUAUGUACACAUGUGUGGCUACCAGCUCCAGCGGAGAGACCUCAUGGGGCGCCUUCUUAGACAUCAAAGACCCGACCGAACUCACAGACUCCACAGUAUCCCACAAUGCCACGUCCGUGUUGGGCUCGCCGUCUAAACCGGAGGUCACUGAUGUCACCAAGAACAGCGUUUCACUGUCGUGGGAUUCGGGAUCUGAGGACGCUUCAUCUACGUCUUUCUAUGUCAUUGAGGCUUUUGGCCAGCUGGUGAGUAACAGCUGGCAGACCGUGGCUGAUCAUGUAAAGAGCACGCAGUACACGGUCAGAGAUCUGCGGCCCAACACCGUCUACGUCUUCAUCGUCAGAGCGGUGAACGCACAGGGAGUGGGGGACCCGAGCGCCAUGUCUGAUCCUGUCCGCACCCAGGAUAUCAGUCCAGCAACACAGGGUGUCGAUCACCGGCAGGUUCAAAAGGAGCUGGGCGAUGUCGUCGUCAACAUGCACAGUCCCAUGGUGCUCAGCUCGUCUUCUGUGAGGGUGACGUGGACGGUUGAGAAUCAAUCCCAGUUCAUUCAGGGGUACCGGGUUCUGUACAGACAGACAUCUGGACUUCCCUCUCCAGGAGCCUGGCAGGUCCAGGACCUUAAAGCGCCGUCGGAGCGGGACGUUACGCUACAGGACCUGAAAAAGGGCGUGGUGUACGAGAUAAAGGUCCGGCCGUUCUUCAACGAGUUCCAAGGAGUGGACAGCGAGUCCAUCACGGCGCGGACUUUAGAAGAAGCCCCCAGCGCCCCUCCACAGCAGGUGACCGUCCUGAUGGUGGGGAGUGAAAACAGCACGUCUAUCAGCGUUUCCUGGGAUCCGCCACCCACCGAACACCAGAACGGCAUCAUCCAGGAGUAUAAGAUCUGGUGUUUGGCCAACGAGAGCCGCUUCCAUGUGAACAAGACGGUGGACGCUGCCAUUCGCUCUGUGGUGGUCGGGGGGCUUCAGGCUGGUGUGCAGUAUCGUGUAGAGGUGGCAGCGGGCACCAGUGCGGGCGUCGGGGUGACGAGCGAGCCACAACUCGUCGUUAUCGGUGCUGAGUUACAGGACGUAAUGACGGGUGAAGAGGGCAACGGCAGCAUCAAGGACGUUCUAAAACAGCCCGCCUUCAUCGCAGGCCUGGGUGGAGCGUGCUGGAUUGUGUUGAUGGGUUUCAGUGCCUGGCUGUACUGGAGGAGGAAGAAGAGAAAAGGCCUCAGCAACUAUGCAGUCCAGUCGUUCACCUUCACCCGUGCAGUGACAUUCCAGCAUGGAGACAGAGGCCUGUUGGGAAGCGGAAGUCGUCCCGGAUUGCUCAAAGCCGGUGACCCUGGCCUCCCCUGGCUAGCCGACUCCUGGCCCUCGACCAGCCUGCCCGCCAACGGUGGCUUGGGCGCUCAGAAAGACCGCACCAACUUCGGGCGUGGAGACGUGCUGCCCGCCAGUGCCGGCGAAAAGACAGGCACCAUGCUGUCAGACGGUGCCAUCUACAGCAGCAUCGACUUUGCCGGUAAGGCAGCCUACAGUAGCCCUGGCAGAGGAAAACACACCAGUCCGUACGCCACCACACAGAUCCUACAGUCUAACAGCUUCCACGAGCUGGCGGUGGAUCGGCCCGAGCUUCGCUGGAAGGCCUCGCUGCACGGACAACAUGAGAUGCCCAGCCUGGGCUACUCGCUCACAGAGAGCCGCUCGUGUGCCAAUGGAGGAAAAAAUGGCAAGAAGAAGAAAUCCAAGGGAGGAGGUAAAACAGCCAAGCCUAACGGCUCCUGCUGGGCCAACAUCCCACUUCCUCCGCCACCGAUGAACCCAUUACCAGGGACGGAGAUGGACCACUAUGCCCCUGAGCAUCGAGCUGAAGGAGGGUAUGAGAGUGACAGCUGGGCUUCACCCCUGCCUGUACAGUCUUACCUCCACCAGAGCAUGGAGGAUGAGCUUGAGGAGGAGGAGGAGCGAGUACCCACUCCACCCCUGAGGGGCGUGGCAUCCUCUCCAGCACCUAUGCCCUUUGGUCAGGGUUCCUCUGGCUCACUGGGCUCCUCGCAUCAUGAGGAGAUGCAGUCCAUGCUUCAGGUCCACCUGGAUGAGCUUACUCGCGCCUACCAGUAUGAAGUGGCCAAGCAAAACUGGCAUAUAAAAGGCAGCUCCCACCCAACUAAGACCCCUGCCCAUCCAAUAGGUUAUGUCUCAGGCACACUGGGAUCAGACAUUCUGACCGAGGGGGAGGACGAGGAGGGCGAAAGCGAGGGCUUCGACUUGUCUCGACAGCUGUGUAGGAUAGACUAUUCCCCCAGAUGCAGCCUUGAGAGCGUGGAGGGGGCGAUCACAGGACAUGCGUACUCCCACCGAAACCAGGCAGCCGGUGCAACUUCCAUAGACGCAGGACUGCUGACGACUCAGAGCUUGUGCCAUCAGCGGGUAUCGCAGCCUUCACACAAACAGCGGGCAGAGACACUGGGCACAGAGAGUUGCAGAAGAGAUGAUGUCUUAGAGGGACGAGGUCCCUCCUCAGAGCCAGUGCACAGCAUCGGGACCCGGCUGCACACGCCUUGGGGCUCUAUAGGUUCCAAUCCACCUGAGGAGUGUGUGGUGUCCACACUGGAGCGACAGCACUCAGCUAACUGGAGCUCCAGGGGCAUGCUGGGAUGCAGCUCUCAGCAACGGUCCAGUACAGAGCUGCAGAGCUCUGCAGCACGAGGGUCCGGCAGCACAGAGGCCAACAUCGGACAUCUAUAGUACCCUGUCUGUGAGAUAAGCCAGACUACUCACUGCCCACGCCAACGAAAGCAUGGACGAAAGAGCGAGCGAGAUUCAUCUCCCCCCUACUCUCCAUCCCCCGGCCUUACCUGAGGUACUUUUUUUUACCUCCCGGGCCAACACUGAACGGCGAAGCCAAUGUACAGACACACGUCUCACGAUCGGUGGUGUUCAGCUUGCGGUUUGCUUUUGUCUACGACGAAACGUCACAUGUCCCUCUCGUUUUGUGCCACAACACUCGGAAAUAACAAGAAUGGUGUUUUUGUUCUUGCUUGGUUUUUU